AUGGAGACAUAUAACAGCAGCCAAGAUGUUGAUUUUGUGAUCCUGGGAUUCAGCACCAGUGAACGUCUGCAGAUCACGCUGUUUGCUCUCUUCCUUCUCAUGCACCUCAUCACCCUGUCGGGGCACUUGGCCAUUGUGGCUGUAACGUUGAUUGACUCCGCCCUCCAAACCCCCAUGUAUUUCUUCUUGCACAACGUGUCUUCCAUCGAAGUCUGCUAUACCCUGGUCAUGGUACCCAAGAUGUUGUCCAACUUCCUGGCCAAGAGCAGAAGAGUCUCCUUGAUGGACUAUGCCACGCAGAUGUAUUUUUUCAUCGCCCUGGGGGGUGCGGAGUGCUUCCUCUUGGCUGUGAUGGCCUACGAUAGGUACGUGGCCAUAUGCAAUCCGCUGCGCUACGCUAUCAUCAUGAGCCGGAGCUUCUGCGUGCAGCUCCUGGUGGUGGCUUUCGUCAGCGGCUUCACAAUCUCACUGGGACUCACCACCCUGAUUUUCAGGAUGCCCUUCUGUGGCUCGCAUAAGGUCAAUCACUUCUUCUGUGACAUCCCGCCCAUGCUCUUCCUGGCCUGUAGUGACACGCAUGCCAACGAGUUGGCCAUGCUCCUCGUCUGCAUGAUGAUCUUGCUCAUCCCAUUCCUUCUCAUUCUGGUUUCCUAUGUCUUCAUUGCCAAUUCCAUCUUCAGGAUCAAAUGUGCUGAGGACCGGAAGAAGGCCUUCUCCACCUGCGCCGCUCACCUGACUGUCGCCGUGCUCCAUUAUGGCUGCGCCAUCUUCAUAUAUAUACGUCCUAAGUCCAGCUACUCCCUGGAUCAGGACAAGGUGGUCUCUCUGAUCUACACCAAUGUCACACCCAUGCUGUACCCCAUGAUUUACAGUCUCAGGAACAAGGAAGUCAAAGGACCACUCAAGAGAAUAUGGGAAAGGAAAUUUGUUUCCAUGGGAACAAAAUCAAGUUCAACUGAGGCCUAG